CAAUCAAUGGAAAGAGCCGAAGAUCUGUGUCCAAUCACAGCUGAUCGCAUGGCACUGAUGAUCAGUGUAGCCCCAGCAAUGCCACCUGUCAGUGCCCAUCAGUGCCACCUGCCAGUGCCCAUCAGUGCCACAUCAAUGCCACAUAUCAGUGCCUACCAGUGCCCAUCGAUGCCACAUAUCAGUGCCCAUCUAAGCUGCCUUUCAGUGUCACCUAUCAGUGCCAGUCAGUGCCAUCAGUGUUGCCAUCUAUAUCAGUGCCAGUCAGUGCCGCCUAUC